AUGACUCCCGCGGAAGCCUCGCGCGAGCGCAACGCAGCGUUUGUACAGGAUUUUCCUGCCUUGAGACCGGAUGCUCAUCCCCCGCGCUUUACCGAAGGUGAUCAGGUUAGAAUUGCAGUGAUCCAACGUCAUUUCAAAAAGGGCUACACUCCGAACUGGACGGAAGAGGUGUUUGUCGUGGACGGAGUCCUGCCCACCCGCCCCGUCACCUAUCGCAUUCGCGAUCUCAUGGAUGAACGCGUUCUGGGUUCUUUCUACGAGCAGCAUUUGCAGAAAACGGAGCAGGUAAAAUUGCGCGUUGAGCAAGUACUGCACAAACAACGUGGACAAUCACUUGUCAAGUGGGAAGACUAUCCGGACAAGUUCAACUCGUGGAUAUCGAACAAACAGUUGGAAAAUAUCUGA